AUGGCAGAUGAUAGUAGUGUUGCUUCUGGGACCCAAGUUCCCAUUACAGUGACCAAUACUAAUCAUAAUGAAUUUAACAAUACCUCUCAUCCUUACUUCAUCUCACCAUCAGACUCUCCUGGCACACUACUAACCAAUGCAGUGUUUGAUGGGAAAAGUUUUGGUGGAUGGAAGAGAGGUAUGUGGAUAGCCUUGACAGCAAAAAAUAAAUCUGGCUUUGUUGAUGGUUCAUCCCCAGAACCAAAUGCAGGAACUGAUAAACACAGAACUUGGUCUAGGGCCAACAACAUGGUUAUUUCUUGGCUUUUAAAUUCUAUAUAUACAGAAAUUUCAGAAAGUAUUCUAUAUUAUUCUACUGCUAAAGAUAUCUGGACAGAGCUGGAAGCCAGAUUUGGCCAAAGCUCAGGUGCUAGGCUCUUUCAACUCCAAAAGGAGCUUAGUGACUUAACCCAAGGUGCUUCUGAUAUUGCUUCCUAUUUCACCAAGAUGAAACGACUUUGGGAUGAGUUGGAUACCUUGGACUCUUUUUCACCAUGCCUUUGUGCUUGUUCCUGUGGAUCAAAACAAAAAAAUAUCAAGUUCAAACAAGAUAAAAGAUUGCUUAAGUUUUUGAUGGGUUUGAAUGAUACUUUUUAUGGUGCAAGAGGAAAUAUUCUCAUGAUUUUACCUCUGCCCACUGUAUCAAAUGCCUAUGUACUACUAAUUCAAGAGGAAAAACAAAGAGAGGUCCAAAACACACCUAAAUUUCCAGGGGAAUCAUCCUCUUUUGUUGCUGCAAAUGCAAAUAAUGGAAACAAAACCUUUACCACUGAUUUUAGGACACAAAGGCAAACUUAUGAGAAUAAAAAAUCUGGGAUGAUGCUGCAACACAUGAACAAAGAUGAUCAAGGUCCUACCUCUGAAGUCACUGCAUCUACUAACUACACUGGGCCCUUCAAUGAAGAGCCCAAUAAUGCAGCUUGGUGA